AUGGGGCCCGGCCUGGAGGAGGAAGAAGCAGCAGCAAGCAGGUACACCUGUGCUCUGGGUGAACAGCAGCUUGUCGCUUUGGCCUUCCAUACUUUUUUUGACCCUUUAGGAGCCGUGCAAGUGAAGAAAAAACACUUGAAAGAUGUGCAUCUCCAACAAGUGUCUGUAAGAAGGUUCACAUCGUUCAAUCUCUUUGCAAUAGAAGACCAGAAUACUGAAGAGGAAACUGGGACCUGGGUUCAGUAUAAAAGCAUCUUUUAUCCUGAGUAUAGUGUGUCCUUAAGAUUUCACAAUGGACUCUUAAAUGUUAAAGAUGUUCUUACAAGCUUUGACAACACGGGAAAUGUCUGUCUCUGGCCAUCUGAAGAAGUGCUGGCUUACUACUGCCUAAAGCACAAUGAAAUAUUCAGGGACCUUGCUGUGUGUGAGCUAGGGGGUGGCAUGACAUGCUUGGCUGGGCUCAUGGUUGCUAUUUCUGCAGAUGUCAAAGAAGUUCUGUUAACUGAUGGAAAUGAAAAGGCCAUCAAAAAUGUAAGCGAGAUCAUCUCAAGAAACCAAAAUGCAGGCGUAUUUAAGGCUCAGAAAGUGUCAAGCUG